CACAGCGCCCGUCCUUGUGGUUAGCGUCCAACUUAGCUGAGACUGUGGGAGUGGAGAGCUGGUGUCGUGAGAAGAACAUAACAGCAACUUUCAAGGUUAUCCAUCUGUUUUUGCCUGUUCUGAAGUUCAACCCAAAGAACAGGCAGAGACCUACUCCACACAGGGCUCUCCUUUGGUGAAAUUGGCGUUCGUUUUGGACCAACACCAGCAACUGAUUGAGUGGUUGUUCAAACAGAAAAGAGGAUUGUUGACAUUUUGGCAGUGUUCAGGGCAGUGGUUGUGUGUGCUGCAUAACGGACUACGAUGCAUCGCCUAAGGACUUGUGCGACACGGCUUCGGCCAAUCACGGCCUCUCAGACUGCUCAAUCACAGCAGAGGCCUGCGGCCCACAACCGGACAUUACAACCCAGCAGGCGCUUUACGUCGCCCGUGGCCGCCGAGCCAUUUCUGAACGGGACAAGUUCGAACUAUGUUGAGGAGAUGUACUUCGCAUGGCUGGAAAACCCCAAGAGUGUUCAUAAGUCUUGGGACAUCUUUUUCAGGAACGCCAACGCGGGAGCUCCCCCAGGUGCGGCCCACAUGAGUCCACCUCCACUGGGCACGAGCCUGGCCAGUCUCACACAGGCCCAAUCCCUGGUUGGGGCUCAGCCUAAUGUGGAGAAACUCGUGGAGGACCACCUGGCAGUGCAGUCCCUCAUCCGUGCAUACCAGAUUCGUGGGCAUCAUGUAGCUCAGCUGGACCCGUUGGGAAUAAUGGACGCCGAUCUGGAUUCUAGCAUUCCCUCCGACAUUAUAACGUCAUCUGACAAACUGGGGUUCUACGGUUUAGAUGAGUCUGAUCUGGACAAGGUGUUCCGGCUGCCCACCACCACCUUCAUUGGCGGAGACGAGAGUGCACUGCCCCUGCGGGAGAUCAUCCGAAGACUGGAGAUGGCCUAUUGCCAGAACAUCGGCGUCGAGUUCAUGUUCAUUAACGACCUGGACCAGUGCCAGUGGAUCCGACAAAAGUUUGAGAAGCCGGGCAUCAUGCACUUCACCCUGGAGGAAAAGCGAACACUCCUGGCCCGCAUGAUCAGAUCCACACGGUUUGAGGAGUUUCUGCAGAAGAAAUGGUCAGCCGAGAAGCGCUUUGGCCUUGAGGGUUGUGAGUCCCUCAUCCCUGCACUUAAAACUGUUAUUGACAAGUCCAGCGAGAAAGGAGUGGAGGAGGUGAUCAUGGGCAUGCCUCACAGAGGUCGUCUAAAUGUCCUGGCCAAUGUAAUUCGCAAAGAACUGGAGCAAAUCUUCUGCCAGUUUGACUCCAAGCUGGAGGCUGCGGAUGAGGGUUCUGGGGAUGUGAAGUAUCACCUGGGUAUGUACCACAGGAGGAUAAAUCGUGUGACUGACAGGAACAUCACUCUGUCCCUGGUGGCCAAUCCCUCUCAUCUGGAGGCUGUGAACCCCGUGGUACAGGGCAAGACCAAGGCCGAUCAGUUCUACUGUGGAGACAACGACGGCAACAGGGUAAUGUCCAUCCUGAUGCAUGGAGAUGCUGCUUUUGCCGGGCAGGGUAUCGUCUACGAGACGUUCCACUUGAGUGAUCUACCGUCAUAUAGCACCCAUGGCACAGUGCACAUCAUUGUCAACAACCAGAUUGGCUUCACCACCGACCCUCGCAUGUCCCGCUCCUCUCCCUACCCAAGUGACGUGGCCCGCGUGGUCAACGCUCCCAUAUUCCACGUCAACGCAGACGACCCAGAGGCUGUGAUGUAUGUGUGCAAUGUUGCUGCCGAAUGGAGAGCCACCUUCCACAAGGAUGUCGUAGUUGAUCUGGUGUGUUACAGGAGGUAUGGGCAUAACGAGAUGGACGAGCCCAUGUUCACCCAGCCGCUGAUGUACAAGCAGAUCAAGAAGCAGAAGGGCGUCAUGCAGAAAUACGGCGAGAGGCUCAUCGCUGAGGGUUCUGUCACCAGACAGGAGUAUGAAGAAGAAAUUGCGAAGUAUGACAAGAUUUGUGAGGAAGCCCACGCACGCUCAAAGGAUGAGAAGAUCCUUCACAUUAAGCACUGGCUGGACUCCCCCUGGCCUGGUUUCUUCACUCUGGAUGGCCAGCCCAAGAGCAUGAGCUGCCCGUCUACCGGUUUAAGUGAGGAGGAGCUGACCCACAUUGGACAGGUGGCAUCAUCAGUACCUGUGGACGACUUCACCAUCCACGGAGGUCUGAGUCGUAUCCUGAAGGGCCGAGGGGAGAUGAUCCGUAACCGUACGGUGGACUGGGCGCUGGGCGAGUACAUGGCCUUCGGCUCCCUGCUGAAGGAAGGCAUUCACGUGCGACUCAGCGGACAGGAUGUGGAGAGGGGCACCUUCAGCCACCGUCACCACGUCCUUCAUGACCAAAAUGUGGACAAGAGGAUCUGCAUCCCCAUGAACCACAUCGAUGCCAAUCAGGCGCCCUACACUGUAUGCAACAGCUCUCUGUCUGAGUACGGAGUGCUAGGCUUUGAACUCGGGUUUGCUAUGGCCAGUCCCAAUGCGCUGGUUCUGUGGGAAGCCCAGUUUGGGGACUUCCACAACACCGCUCAGUGUAUCAUUGACCAGUUCAUCUGUCCCGGUCAGGCCAAGUGGGUCCGACAGAAUGGCAUUGUGUUGCUCCUGCCUCACGGCAUGGAAGGCAUGGGACCCGAACACUCCUCUGCUCGCCCAGAACGCUUCCUCCAAAUGUGCAACGACGACCCUGACCUGUUUCCGAAAAUCACUGAUGACUUUGCGGUGCACCAGCUGCACAAUUGCAACUGGAUCGUUGUGAACUGCUCCACUCCAGGCAACUACUUCCACGUCCUCAGGAGGCAGAUCCUCAUGCCCUUCAGAAAGCCUCUCAUCGUGUUCACUCCAAAGUCACUGUUGCGCCAUCCGGAAGCUAAGUCCAACUUUGAUGAGAUGAUUUCUGGCACCCAUUUCCAGAGAGUGAUCCCGGAUGCAGGGCCGGCAGCACAGAACCCGGAGGGAGUGAAGCGCAUGAUCUUCUGCACGGGCAAGGUUUACUAUGAACUCACUAAGGAGCGCAAGACACGAGAGAUGGAGGACAGUGUUGCCAUUAUUCGCAUGGAGCAGCUCUCCCCGUUCCCAUUCGACCUGGUGAAAAGCGAGACAGAGAAGUAUCCCAACGCUGACCUCGUCUGGUGCCAGGAGGAGCACAAGAACCAGGGUUACUAUGACUACGUCAAGCCCCGCAUUCGCACCACCAUCGACCGUGUCAAGCCCGUGUGGUAUGCUGGUCGUGACCCAGCUGCAGCCCCUGCCACCGGGAACAAGAAGACCCACCUGUCUGAGCUGAAUCGUUUCCUCAACACUGCAUUCAACUUAGAAGCCUUCAAAGAGCACGAGUAACGUGAUGACCCACUGCUCCCCUGAUAUCUAUUACUGUAUCCAUAUUCCAAACUGAAAUAGAGGUGUAGAUCUCUCUCGCUCUCUCGCUCUCUCUCUCUCUCUCUCUCUCUCUCUCUCUCUCUCUCGCUCUCUCGCUCUCUCUCUCUCUCUCUCUCUCUCUCUCGCUCUCGCUCUCUGAUAAGGGGGUUGUUCCAGAAAGUAGGUUUUGUCACUUACACAGGUAUGAGAACUCAGAGCAAGUGGUAAAACGUCUAUUAGAGCAGGUUAAACUCUGCUUUUAAAACGGACAAUGGCGUUUGCUCUUAGGCAAUUGACUACUUGCCUUGAGAUGACGAGUCCAUAUUUAGUGGAUGAAGCACUUCCUGUGUCUGAAGCACUCCCCUAGUCAUGCUCCAUAUUGUAUGUCCUGUUUUUUGUGUGUCCUUUUUCGCAUUUACCACAAUCCCUCAAACACUGCAAUGUUAUCUCUGAACUCUUCACCAAAACAAGUUCAAAGUUCAAUAGCUCUACCCUGCACCUUUACGAAUCAUGACAUGUUUCAUCUGCUGUACCUUGUGGUCAUGGCUUCCUCAGGAGAAAAUGUAUUGAAAUGUGGAUUAAGGUUUUAAUGUGUUAGCCUCUUUUCUUUGAACAUUUUUGAUCAUGCGCUAAAGCCACAAAAUACUACCAUGUUCCGUGACUUUUCUACCUUUUGACCUUUGUGGUGUGGUAUAUUAUUUUCUUUAUUUUCAGCUGGAUUGCUUUGGAGUCAGUAUGAGUGACUCAUGAACAGAGUUUGCAAAAGACUGAAAAGAAUAAAGGGAAGUAAUUCAGUCGUGUGGUUUAAUUACACAUGAAUCAUACUGUCUGCAUUGAAACCUUCAUGGUCUGGUGCACAAAGUUGGAUGAGAACUUGGAAAUGGGCAUAUGUUGGCUACAUAUUCCAGAAAGACAUUAAUUAUUAUGUUUUGAGUUGCCAUAAAGUCCAAUAAUGUAAUGAAAAUGGAUGGGGAUGUAUAUUGCAUUUGUGGCCUUGAUUCAUGUGUAAAAUCAGUUGACUCUCUUUCUCAUUGUUAUUAUUAUUAUUAAAGCGUAUAGAACAGGUGCCCUACACGUGCACCUAAAACCGUAUGGUGAAAAUGUUAUUUUAUGAAAGUGCACUUUGAUCACACUUUUAGGUUUAAAUAAUGCUCAAUUUCCCCUCUGGUGCCAAAAGAUGUGUGAAAGGGUUUUGAAGUACAAUGCAAGAAUUUGAAGAGGAAGUCAUGUCAUUUUAGCUGAACAAUAAACAAGGAAAAAUUAAAUGGAGAGAGCAAAUGAUUUAUUUAUUUUCGUAAAGGCCUAUGGAAUAUUUAAACUGUUUCCAUGUUUGUUUCAUCAAAUAAAGACAAUAUCUUCUCA